AUGGAGGCCCACAUAGACAAUCGAAACAGGCUCUGGACCACAAAGAAACAAAAGAAGGCUCCCCUCGACAAAAUUUCGGCCCACUGGAUGGGCCCACCAUCAAUGGACUCGUCCAGGCAAUCACAGCUCCUUGAUUACCAACUGGCAGCCCCAACAAUGUCGAUGUCUCUCCAUCUCACUAGAUUCACCCUACUUCACCACAGAAGUUCCUACUCCAGCUCCAGCAUUUCACUUCCCAAACCCACGAGCUUCCGCUUUCCUCCAUCUCCAAGGUCUCUUGUAACCGGGAAGUUUGAUUCCAGGGCGAGAGCAGUUCAUGGGGAAUCCGGAGAGCAUCUGGUUGCCGCUGCUGCUGAUCCAUCGAAGAAACCCAGAUGGGAAAAUGUGCUGGCCACUGCUGCAAGCUUGUACCCUCUGUAUGUCGCCGCUGGAGGGGUUGUGGCGUGUGUGAAACCAUCCGCUUUCACUUGGUUCGUCGGCAUGGCUCCCAAUUCUUACAGCUUGUCUCUUGCGCUCAUCAUGUUAUCCAUGGGCAUUACUCUGGAGCUUAAGGACCUGUUGCGCUUGUUUAUGCAGAGACCUCUCUCCAUCCUAUUUGGAUGCGCUGCUCAGUAUACAAUCAUGCCAGCUUUUGCAUUAAUUGUCAGCAAAUGCUUGGGGCUUUCCCCUUCUCUAUCAGUAGGAUUGAUAUUGCUUGGAUGUUGCCCUGGGGGAACUGCUUCCAAUGUGGUGACCUUAAUCGCACAAGGGGAUGUUGCACUAUCUGUUGUAAUGACCGUAUGCACUACUCUUGGUGCAGUGCUACUCACUCCACUCUUGACCAAGAUUCUUGUGGGAGCUGUUGUCCCUGUGGACGCUGUUAAACUAUCUAUCAGCACUUUACAGGUGGUUGUUGCUCCAAUUGUGCUAGGUUCAUACCUACAGAGUGCAUUUCCAGCAGUGGUGAAAAUUCUGACACCUUGUGCGCCACUAUUUGCGGUCUUAACAUCAUCUCUACUUGCAUGCAGUGUGUUCUCUGAAAAUCUUGUUCGCCUUAAAUCCUCAAUGAUUGGAGUUUCAUUGCCACCUGAUGCAUCCUUCAUUGUCCGCUGCCAAUCAGCACUUUCUGGAGACCUGGCUACCAUUGUGCUCUCAGUGUUCUUGUUGCAUUUGGCUGGGUUUUUUGUGGGGUAUUUAUCUGCGGCCAUUGGAGGGUUUAAAGAACAACAAAGGCGGGCAAUAGCAAUCGAGGUUGGAAUGCAAAAUUCUUCCCUUGGUGUUGUCCUAGCCACAGCUCAUUUCACUUCAUCAAUGGUGGCAUUACCACCGGCAGUAUCCGCCGUGGUCAUGAACAUUAUGGGUAGCAGCCUCGGCUUCAUCUGGAGACACAUGGACCCUUCUUCUGGUGCUGGGAAUCAACUCACAGAAGGGCAGUCUGGUUUUGUACUCAUGGAGCAAACCACUACAGCAGAGCAAGUCAUUCUCACCGUGGACGUAGACCACCAUGGCUAUCAGCACCAUGAUCCAGCUGCCUCGCCGAGACUUCCCAACAAUGUCAAAACCUUCCACCGUAUCAACUUCUCCAAGCCCAGAUCCCGCUUCUCCGAACCAAUCUCCAAUACUGCUAACAGCAACUAUACUACUCACCCUUGCUCCUCAGACGAAGAAUCCGACGAAGAUCUCGAUCUCCACGACGACAGCAUACGAGGAUGCUCAAGGAAGUCGAAGUUCAUGGAAUUCAAGGCUACCAAGAGAGCAUGGAUGGAGUUCAGCUUCUUCCUCACCCUCCUGACUGUUCUGAUACACUCCCUGACCCUGAACUCACUGAAGCACAAGACCCAAUUCGGGAUCGAGAUCUGGAAAUGGUGCCUGAUGGUGCUGGUCCUCUUCUCCGGCCGCUUAGUCUCCGGCUGGGUCGUCGGGUUCCUUGUCCUCCUCAUCGAGCGCAACUUCAUGCUCAAGGAGAAGGUCGUCUACUUCGUCUACGGUCUCCGGAGAAGCUUUCAGAACUGCGCCUGGCUGGCACUCGCCCUCCUCGCCUGGACCGUCAUCAUGUUCGAGGAUGCCAACGACGAGAAAAACGCUGCCAUUUUGAAAAAGCUGUUUCACGGGCUGGUGGCCAUCCUCAUCGGCGCCACGCUCUGGCUGAUCAAGAUCCUUCUGGUCAAGGUCUUGGCUUCAUCGUUCCACGUGACGACGUACUUCGAUCGCAUGAAGGAGAGCGUGUUCCACCACUACAUCCUCGACGCCCUCUCCGGUCCCCCCUUGGAGGCUGCCAGAGCAAGGGAAGAACUGCGGCCAGCAGCGGCGGCAGCAGAGCAGGUUACUGAGGUGGCGUGGAGGUGGAGGAGUUUGAGCAGCGGCGGUGGACCGAGGAGGAUUGACAUGGAGAGACUGAAGAAGCUGAGCAUGGAGAGGAGAGCCACCGCGUUGAGCGUGAAGAGGCUGGUCAACUACAUAAAGUCGUCGGGCCUUUCUACCAUCUCCACGGCGGUUGAUGGUUUCGGUAAGUCGUCGGAGAUUCACAGCGAGGUGGAUGCUAGAUGCUGUGGUCGACGCAUCUUCCGCAACGUUGCCAAGCAAGCUGCAAAGUGUAUAGAAGAGGAAGAUCUAUUGAGGUUCUUAACAUCGGAAGAGGUACACACCAUAUUCCCACUCUUUGAAGGAGCUCUUGAAACCGGCAAGAUCACCAAAUCGUCGUUCAAGAACUGGCUUGUACAAGCGUACGUCGAAAGGAAGGCACUGGCCCAUUCCUUGAACGACACGAAAACCGCAGUCCACCAGCUGCACAAGCUGGCAAGUGCAAUAGCAAUGGUGAUCAUAGCAGUGAUGUCGCUUCUGGUGAUGGGUCUGGCCACGACCAAGGUUCUACUCAUCGUCACGUCUCAGCUCUUGCUUGUGGGGUUCAUGUUCCAGAACACCUGCAAGACCAUGUUCGAGUCCAUCAUCUUCGUCUUCGUCAUGCACCCUUACGACGUCGGGGAUCGCUGCGUCAUUGAUGGUGUACAGAUGGUUGUGGAGGAGAUGAACAUUCUGACGACUGUGUUCCUGAGGUAUGAUAUGGAGAAGAUAUACUAUCCCAACUCGGUUCUCAUUUCCAAGCCCAUCAGCAACUUCAGGAGAAGCCCAGAUAUGGGCGAUGCUGUUGAUUUCUCUAUUGAUGUCUCCACUUCGAUUGAUGAUUUCAAUGCCCUGAAGAAAGCCAUACAAACAUACAUCGAGAGCAAGCCAAAGCACUGGAACCCAAAGCACUCGGUUCUGGUGAAGGAGAUUGAGAAUGUGGAUAAGAUGAAUCUAACUCUAGCAGUUCAACACACCAUGAACCAUCAAAACUAUGGUGAAAAGAACAGCAGGAGAUCAGAACUCGUCUUUGAGCUCAAAAUGAUUUUCGACAACCUCGGUAUAAAAUACCAUCUCCUUCCUCAACAGGUACAUCUCACACAAUUGACGAAUACAAGCAACAAUGGAAGGUUGUCGAUCUAGUAAUCUCUGCAACGGAGAAGCAAUUUUCUCCGCAGUGACCAAAGCGUGUAUGUACACGAACAUGUUGUUAUGCCAUGGUGUUUGUGUUUAGUUCCUGCCGAAUUAUUCACUUCCCGGGCAUAUUACUACCAGAUAAAACUCUUAUCUAUGCACUGUACAAAUCAUUUGCAGUAAAGUAUUAAUAAAACAAAAACAAAUUCUGGAUCUACUUCUCAGAGCAGCACAGAUUUACAAAGGUGGAUGGGCUUAUGCCCGGCUCAAGAGAUAGAUUCCAAACCUCUUAUCACAAAUCCCACUUCACUGUUCUUCUGGAGCAUGUAGGACAACCAAGAACACCAACAACAUGAAACCUGUCUUAAAGCAACAUGUGCAAGAACUGCACUGCAAAGAACCAGGGAAACAUUCAGAGCUCAAUACUGGAAAUGUAAACUUAAUCAACAGGAAUAUGGAGUAUCAUGCCUGCUGAUGAUGCUCAGAAUACCAAGUGGAGUAACCAGUAUAGCAAGUUCAAACACAUAAUCUGCGAUUUGUAGCCAUCUCCUCUACAAUCACUGUUGAAAAGAGCAGUCCGAUAUUAUUUCAGGGCACAUAAAAUCCAAAGCAGGAGACAGCUCAAGUUUCAGACUGAACUGUACAAUCACUGUGCUGCUCAGUUGCUUCAUAUACAAGCAGGAAUUGUAAAAGCAGCAAAUCAGAUGGAAAAACUUAUCCAUUAACAAUCUUCCAGAGCCUUCCUCGGUUUCAAAGUUCCAUCCACUGGGAAUUUCAGAAGGAUUUCUCGAAACUCCCACUAGGUUGAGCAAAUCACAUGACAAGAU